UUAUGUUUACUUCGAAAUAUCCAGCGCAGCUCCAUAUCAAGUACGACGUAUUGAAGAGCUGAAUAAGACGCCAAGUGGAAAUGUAGAGGCAAAAGUGUUAUGUUAUUAUAGACGUCGUGAUAUAUCCCCAGGCUUGCUGAAAGUUUCGGAUCGUGCCGAAUGUGUGGAAGAUAGAGCACUGAUCAAUACGCGUCGUCGACUGACGGCAUCAUCUUCUGGGAACAAUAAAGAAUCGGUGAAUGGAGACACGAAUGGAGAGGAGAUUGCGUUGAGUGAAGGAGAGAACGGAGGCGCAGAAUCAUCAGAGAAUGGUCGUGAUAAAGAGGCGAACAAUGAGAUUAAACAUGAAUCGAGCGAAUCACCGAAGCCGAUGCAAGUUGAUAGUGGUGAACCUGAGGAAGACAUUAAAAAAUCACCUGAAGAGAAGAAAAAAGAGCCAGAGGCGGAUGAGGACGAUGACGAGAAAAUUGAGGGUGGGUAUGGACUCGGCGGUUUACCGACUGGCUCGGAGAAACUGACACCGAAAGAGCGUCAUUUGUUAAGGCAUUUUUUUGCUUUUAGACAGCACGAAUUAUUCUUAUCGCGUCAAGUCGAGGCACUUCCGGCCACUCAUAUUCGUGGCAAAUGUACAGUGACAUUGUUGAGUGAGGUGGAGACACCGGACAGUUACUUGGGCAAAGACGAUGUAUUCUUCUAUUCGUUAGUGUACGACCCGGCCGCAAUGACCCUAUUGGCUGAUAAAGGCGAGAUUCGAGUCGGUGAUAAGUAUCAGUGUGAGGUUCCAGAUGGAAUGGAAGCAGACGCUUUGAAAGAAGAGAACAAAGAAAAUGGAAAUCUGGUAAUUGUUGAAGAGGAGCUUGACGGUGCCGAACAGCAACCAGUAAUAUCGACAACGGAACGUGAAGUGCUCGUCUAUCAUCCACACCACAGUCUCACUGAUCGAGAUAUCGAUCAGUUCUUGAUUAUUGCCCGGUAUGGUUUCGAUUCAAUUGUUCACAGUUUGAUUUGUUUGCUAUUCACGUUCUCGCAUUUCUUACAUUUAAUUUUUUACUUUCGGGGGUAUCCCGUGUAA